AAAGGGCAGUAGGAAGUUUCUGCUGGGGUCUGGAUUUGGAGCUCCAGGGUUGGAUCGGCCCCGUAUGACCCCAACCUAAGAACAAAAGAGACCCCAAAGAGUCUACAUGUCUAAUAUUUAGACAUGUUCAGCUUUGUGGAUUCUCGGUUACUGCUGUUGAUAGCAGCGACUGUACUACUCACCCGCGGGCAAGGAGAAGAAGACAUCCAAACUGGGAGCUGCGUACAGGAUGGGCUAACGUACAACGACAAGGAUGUGUGGAAACCAGAACCCUGCCAGAUCUGCGUCUGCGAUAGCGGCAACAUCCUCUGCGACGAGGUGAUCUGCGAGGACACCUCCGACUGCCCCAACGCCGAGAUCCCCUUCGGAGAAUGCUGCCCCAUCUGUCCCGACACCGACGCCUCCCCUGUCUACCCAGAAAGUGCUGGAGUAGAGGGUCCUAAAGGAGACACUGGCCCCAAAGGAGAUAGGGGACUCCCCGGCCCCCCUGGCAGAGAUGGCAUUCCUGGACAGCCUGGUCUCCCGGGACCCGCAGGCCCUCCAGGCCCCCCAGGCCUCGGCGGAAACUUCGCUCCCCAAAUGUCCUACGGUUACGAUGAGAAAGCCGGGGGGAUGGCCGUGCCUGGGCCCAUGGUGAGCACGGGGGGGCACAGGGG